CUCUGCCUCAUUCAUUCAAGUCAAAUCGGAGUGACCUGCAGCUGUGAGGCGGAGGCAGACGCCUCUUUGUUCCCAGCCGGUGAGAGAGAAGAGGGGGCCCCCUCCUUGUUGCUCACUCCCUGCUUCCAUCUGGGGAGGGAGGCCUUGGAGAGGGACUCUCAGCAGCGUGAAGGUGGAAACAGUUGUGGAUGUGUGGCUGUCAAGUGACUGUGUCUUGCCAAGAGGUCCCAUGGCGAUCCAGCUCUAAUCUGAAGCCAGAGGAUGUCUUCCAUGUUCAGCAAGACUCGGACGGCCCACUGUGCGAAUGAGCGCCAUCUCCACACCUUUCCCCAGGAAUGCAACGUGGCCAUAUUGGGGUGCCAAGGAUCAGGAAAAUCAGCGUUGACAGUGAAGUUUCUAACCAAGAGGUUUAUAAGUGAAUAUGAUCCUAACCUAGAGGACACAUAUGCUUCAGAGGAGGUGGUGGACCAACAACCAGUUCUAUUGAAGGUCAUGGAUACGGCCGACCAGGAUGUGCCAGUGAGCUGCGAGCGAUACUUGAAUUGGGCCAGCGCAUUCAUGGUGGUCUACAGCAUUGACAACCGGAAGAGCUUUGAGGGAAGCCAGCAAUACUUGGACAUCAUAGCUCUGCACCUGAAAAACGUCCAGCAUGAAUCUCCGGUUUUCCUGGUGGGGAACAAGCUGGACAUGGAACAGUACAGGCAGGUGACCAAAGCUGAGGGGAUUUCUCUGGCCUCCAAGUACGGCUCCUCCUUCUACGAAGUCUCGGCUUGCCUGGAUUUUGAAUCCGUGCAGCACAUGUUCCACGAGGCGGUGCGGGAGGUGAGGAGGGAGAUGGAGAGGCACAUGGCGGUCCGCCCCUUGUUCAUCAUCGAGGAGAAGCCGUCCCUUCACCUCGUCCCUCCAGCCGCCAUGGCCUCCAAGCACGGCCUGGCCAGCUGCACCUACAACACUCUCUCCACCGUGAACUUCAAGGAAAUCCCUUCGGUGGCCCAGGCCAAGCUAGUCACGGUGAAAUCCUCCAGGGCCCAGAGCAAGAGGAAGGCUCCGACGCUGACAUUACUGAAGGGAUUUAAGAUCUUUUGAGGGGAGCCUGCAAAGGGCUGCUUCAAGAUGGGAGAGCAAGUUGGGGCCCUUUGCCUGACUGCAGCCAUCUUAAAUGCUGGUGUACUGGCCUUCCUUGCUUUCCGCGUGGCCUCUCGUUCUAGAGCAAAACAUGCUGGGAACAUAAGAAGAGACUUGCCAAAGAUUCAUCUAGUCCAGUGACCAGUUCUCACAGUGACCGACCAGAUGCUUAUGGGAAAAACACAAGUAGCACAUGAGCGGAACAGCAACUCUCCCUACUAGUGAUUCCCAACGGCUGCUGUUUUGGGACCAACGCCUCCAAUAGUAAUGGUUUUCAGCAACAAUGCUGCACCCUCCUGUUCAGGCUCCAGUCACUGCUGUGCUGCUUUCUGCUCUCCCCCAGCCUGGCUGAUCAAAACCCACCCCAGCUUCCACUGAGGCUCUCUACUUGGGAAGGUCAAAUGGGAAGCGCUGGCUUCCCUGCUCCCCCUUCCAAAGUGACUGGAGUCCAACCCGGGUCAGCACCCCCAAGCCCAUUUCUCCCUCCUCCAUCAGAGCCUGCUAUGCCGAUGCCAGAACUGCAGGGCUAACGGUGUCAAGCGACUGUGCCGCAUGCAGUGUGGCCAGGAUUAGUAUCGACACUGCUCCAAGACCUUUUUCAAAUUCUGCACCCAAAGCAUGGAUGUCUUACAACCGGCAGAAAUUGCAUCGCAUACUUUUGUCGCUCCUGCAGAGUUUGUCUGUGUUAUGAUUGGCAUUUUGUAUCUGGCAAUGUAUGUGAGAGAGAGAUAGGAAAUGGAGAUAGCAGAUGGAGAUAGCAGGAGGACAGGCAAAUGCGCUGGGAUGUGUGGGCAGGAGCACAUGACGCGUGUGUGCUGUUGAAACAAAAAGUGCCUGUUGUUUGAGUGUUGACGAUGCCUCCACGUCCAGCUUUCCAACCCACUGCCAAAGAACAGGCUAAAGGGACACAGAGCCCCCUGGUGAAAGAAUGGCAUAUCAUUCCUUGCAUACAUUUUCCGUCAGCAUCCCCGGAGCAGGGGUCACCAGCUUUUUUUUGGCCUGUGGGCACAUUUGCAAACCAGAGAAUCUGUCCUGGGCACCACACACACACAGCACAUUGAAGUACACACUGCAAACCUAGGGUGCAUUCCGAAGCGGAGAGUAUUGUGUUCGUUUUCCUGCUAGCACUUCUGAACUGAUUUCUGAUGUUCCUUUCACACUGCAGUGUCACGGAACUCUGACUUUAUGGCUAAGAUACAGGCAUGCCACCAUAGAACCCAACUCCCCAAUAAAAUAUUUGAGGGGCCAAGUUAAUGGGCAUUGCCAUUCAAAUGGUGUUUGUGUGUGCCACAUCUUGUGAUCGAUUAUGCAGGGCAGGGCUUACAUGGGCCCCCCUGAAAUAUUUUAUUCAAGUUGGCACCCCUGCAUGCCACAUUAAAUUUCACUCGGAACAGUGGGUGAGGUGUAACACAACAACAAACAUCAUUGGACCACAUUCUACUCCCCAUCCCCAAAAAGUUUUGUGUGUGUGUUUUUGUCAUGUACACAAAACGGCCCCAAAGACACCUGAAUAGCUUCAAAACUACAAUGGUGGGGCAGAUAAGUUCCACUCUUUUCCUGCUGUGCAAGGCAAAGAGAGCUUCCCUUCAAAUGCAGAUAGCAGCUUCUAAGGGGCAGUUGUUGUAGUUGUGGACUAUGGCAGGGAGGGAGAGAGAACAAAACUUUGCAAACUUCUCAUGCCCCCAGCCCACCCUGUAACAGACCAGAGCUGGUCAGGCUCCACUGUGGCUGCUGUUUACACUUCACAAGUACAAAGAUGCCAUUGAGGUCCCAUCUAUUUCUGUCCUUAAACUGGUUUCGGGGCCCAGAGAAGCAUCUGUGAGGAAGGCUGGGAGGUUUCUAAUAGGGGAAUAUAAGGUAAAAUCCAAUCUAGCCCCUCAUCUGGUUCUCACACUGGCUUGACCAGCUGCCCCCAAGCAGGCAAUAGCACUCUCAAAAUAAGGACGUAAGAAUUUCCCUACUGGAUCUGGUCAAAGCCCAUCUAGUCCAACACACUGUUCUCACAGUGGCCAACCUAGAAGAUAUCCACAAGUAAGUCCUUAGAGGAACAGCAGCACUCUUCAUGCCUAUGAUUCCAAGCAACUGGCUCUGAUUUUGAAGGAACAGCAUAGCCAUUGAUAGUCCUAUUCUCCAUUAUAGCCUUAAGUACAGAAGUCUGGUGAAGGCUCUGAAACUACAGUUCGCAGUAUCAGGCAGUGGGAGGGUGUGGGGAGAAAGAGAUGACAAUUAAACUAAUACAAAACCAGCAUCAGUUAGAUCUGACCUCGGUAAACCCCCAGUAUCAUUUUGCCUGCUCAACUGAAGUAAUGGGUUAAAUGGUGCCUUAACUUAGAAUGCCCCCCUUUUCUUCUUUUUCCCUUCUAAGUCUUAUCUGCUUCCCCCUUGCCCCAAAUUAUUUUGCAAUCGAAUGAUCCAACAUGCAACAAUGCUGCUCUAAAGGUAACCAAGAAACUAAGAGUGGAGAAAACCAGCGCAGCACUUUCAUAAUAAAGACCAUUGAUUUAU